AUCCUGCAAGCAUGUUAGAAUUACAAAAGCUAAACUUGAGAUGCUUUUCCACCACAUAUAUCGCUGCCAACGGCCAACAUCAAGGCUUUCCCCAAAAUUAAAACCAAACGGGCUUUAUUUCAUCCAGCCAUGUCUCUUUAAGGAGGGGUCGCAGGAGGCGAGCCGGCUGCAAAGCGUCCUUCUGGUUUCCAAGGAAACGUGGGAAAGGACAGUGCAGACAGGACGGGAUAGUGCGAGACAUAGCUUCUUUUACAGAUAUUUUAACACUUUGACAGAAACUUUCAACAUAUAAGAGAACAAAAUUGGAGAUUGAAUGCUAUAAAUUCAUACCCAGUUGUUUAGGUAAGUUUUUCGCCCUUCUUUCGCUCUUUUGUCUUGACAUAAAGCGUUCACGCGAGCAUGAAUGCUUGGGUAAUUAUUCUAAAUGUAACUUAAUAUUCUUGCGCCAUUUUCUCAGGUGUAUAGACCAUGUGGCUUAGCUUUCUGUGUUUGUUAGGUGGUAGAAUAGUCGAACUAUUUUUAUUUCUCUCUCAUAAAAGCCUGUUCAUAUUUCGCAUUAAUUAGUCCAAGCUGUCCAUCAUACCUGUGUUUGUUUAGCACCAGUUGAAUGGUAUGUUAUUUCUCGGUUGACUACCUUGCUCAAUGAUUUACUCGCUUGUGUAGGCUACUCACUGUUGAAAAAAAAAUUAUACUUCUGUUGAAGGGCAAUGACUUUUACAGUCUCCGUUACCUUCUAAAUCCUUGUGCUUGUUUUGUGAAAGAAAAAUAAUUUUAAAGAACAUGCCUGCAUGUGUGUACAUAUGUACAGUGCAUUAAUAUUAAUCUGUUUGUGUUUCUACAGUUCAACAGGUGAAUGUGUGGACCUGUAUCUAGGAGCUGGGAGACAGAUGGAGAAAGACACACAAGCACUGCCACCCCAUUCUCCUCUACAUUCCCCCCAGAAUAAUUCAGAAGCUCUUUCUCUAUCCCCCUCUCUUCCACAGCCUGCUGCUGUUCUGCCUGCGUCCCUCCCUUCCUCCCCAACCACCCCAGCCUCCUAUCUUCACUUUUCAUCAACCCCUCGGGUAUAUGGAGGAUCACACUGCCCGAGUCCUUCCACAGUAUCUGAUCAGGAUGACCUGACCUGCCUCAGCUGGUUGCAUCAAAGAGGGGACCUGUUGCCCUUGCAGCCCCUGCCCAGAAUCACUACACUGCCUCAGAUGUUAGAGCCCGUUCCUGCCCAACAGCUGCCUCCCACCCCUGCCAAACCCCCGUACUCUUUUAGCAGUCUCAUCUUCAUGGCAAUAGAAGACUCGCCUGAGAAGAGACUCCCAGUGAAAGGUAUUUAUGAGUGGAUUGUCGACAACUUUCCCUACUAUAGAGAGGCUCCGGGUGGAUGGAGGAACUCUGUCCGACACAACCUGUCCUUGAGCAAGAGCUUCCAACGAAUACAUCGAGACAAGAGUCAAUCUGUUGGAAAGGGCUCAUUAUGGCGUGUUUGUCCAGAAUAUCGGCCAGCUCUUCUGGAAGUUCUUAAGAAAACACAUUAUUGCCAUCGUACCAACAGCAACUUGUUGAACAAGCCUGUUUUGUUGGAGGCGACUGAUAAUGGGCAGAACAUUUUGGGUGAGACCAUGGAAAUUUCAGAUCUAGAUUCUCUGUCCUCAAACCCGCCGUGCUCUUUGAUACCAGAUCAUGAGGAGCUGGUCCCCAUGGAGUCUGUGGAACUUACAGAGGUUGCUGGCGAGGAUUCAGAGAAAGAUCCAUUGGCAGACAGCGGUUACAUUGAGUUACACUACUAUCAGUAUCAGCAAUAUCAGUACCUGGUUCUUCCAGGAGACGCAGAGCUGGACCUGGAGACGGUUGAGAUACUGCAGCUUGAUGCAGAGGCUCAGGAAGCUGCAGGGUCACUGCUUGACCUCGCGGGAGGAAACCACUGAGAGAGGAGGGUUAAUGGGGAGAUGUGGCCACUGUGAAAACUCUGGGCUUGAUGUACUAUUGACACUUUAUAACUGCCUGAACUUUUACUUACUGUAAUAAAAGGUGCAACAUAAGCAAUCCCAAAUAAUGUAGUGAUUUGAAAAGACAUUUGUAGCAACUGACAACAGCACUGUGAGGGUAUCCUUGGUAUUAGUAUAUUGCAUGUAAUUUGGCUGAAAAAAGCAUCUGGAAAAUGAUGAACUGUCAUUAAGAACAAAAUAUUUAUUGUUUAUUGUCAUGUUUGACAAGUAAUAUUUAAUGCACUUCCAUGCCAUUGUUCAUUAAGUCCCUCCCAUUAAAAUUCAUCUAAAGAUUUGUUGUAUUCUAGGUUAAAAUUAGAGGGAUAAAGUUCUGAUGUCCUUUUUUUUUUUUUUUUUUUGUAAAGAAAAUUAGGUUUUUACAGUAUGGAAUUGUUCAAAUUGUUCAAAAUUAUGAACAUAUUCAAGUAUUAUUGAGAAAAACUGCCAGCUUUUAGUUUAGGUAGAUGAAAAUAUUAAUAUCUAACCCUUAUUUCUGGUUGAUUAUUAUUAUGCUACAGCAUUCUGUAGUGAUUCGUUUUCUGUGUAGUAUGAUGCAUGUCAUAUUUUGCUUUAUUCACGUGUUUAUUUUUUUAGUUUAGUAUGUUAAACAGGUUGACACUAAAUGGCACUCUGAACCCAUCCUCUUCAUGUGCAUCUCAUUUAGCAAUAAAGUAUUGAAAUAUUAUGAUGA